AUGGCCUCCGUCACAGCCGACUCCACUGCUGAUGGCAGCUCCAGCACUGGACAACUUCUCGCCCAACAGCUGAAAGAACGACAUGACGCUACGGAAGUGCACAAGGUCACGGUUGAGGAUGUCCCUGAUGAAGAUGACAUCCAGCACCCUCCUCCACCCCACACGCACGUUGAAGAGACAAAAGAGACUGCAACAACCAAUGGCGGAGACAAUCCACCUUUGUCGGAGAAGGCUGCUGGCAAGCAGAAGGCCACGGAUCAGCCCAGCGUUUUGGACACGCAGUCCGACGAGGCCUUCCCCGCCCUCGGAGCUGCGAGUAAACCAGCGGUGAUUCCAGUCACGCGGGCUCCAGGCUGGGUAGCCAGUGCUUCUGCGAAGGCUGCUCCGACCAACAGCUCACCGGCUCUUGGGUCUCGACCUGGCUCAUCCGGCGCUGGCACUCCUACCUCCGCGGCAGGAGCCCGAACCCCGGUCACCGUCAUUCCCGGUGCUGGUGCCCGAGGAAACGUGCUGUUGCCAGGCAGAUAUCGUGACUCGUUCGAGAUCGAUAAUGCGGACCUUGACAAGACCAAGCCUAUUAAGCGGGUCCUGGACGAUGUGAAGAAGAAGUUCAAUGUCAUUGUCACGCCCAAGUCGACCAAUUUCGGAACCCGCACCGAGUUCAUCGCAGAAGGCCCCAAGGCUCGUGUCACUGAAGCUUUGAUGUAUGUUUCGAAAGAAUUGACGCUGGAGAAGCAAGUCAAGCUUGAGAUUCCGUCUGCGGUUUCCGCUCAGAUCAUCGGCAAAGGCGGCGCAAACAUCCGGAAACUUGAGAACCAAUUCAAUGUCAGGAUCCGCAUCGAGCGAGACGCACGACCAACUGCGAGCCCAGAGGACGUGAGGACUGAUGUUGUCGAGAUCCGUGGCAAUGCAGCCCAAGUUCGGCAAGUGUAUGAGCAGAUCUCGAACCAGGUCAAAGCACUUCAGCCCAAGGUCGACCUGCCUGUUCGUGGCAUACCUCCUGAGUUCUAUCCUUUCAUCGCAGGACAACAUGCGGACCGUCUCCGACAACUGGAGCAGGAGCGGGACCUCCGCAUCAAUGUGCCGCAGUAUCAUAUGUGGCAACAGCAGCCCCCGCCUCGACCUGCCGAGCAUGACCAGGCUCCCACUUUCGUUCCCCACGAAGACACUCCUAUUGUCAUUUCGGGUGAACAAGCCGCUGUACUGGAAGCUCGUGCUUUUCUCGAGCAGUUGGCCCAAGAGCUUCAGAAGGAACUCCUGUUGGAAGAAAUCGCGGCAGAACAGAUCCUGCAUCCUUACAUCGUGGGUGACCGUGGUAUGGAUCCUCUGAAGUUCUUGGAAGAGACGGGCUGUGCUGUGAUUCUUCCUCCUCCCCAUCAGGAGACCGAGGACAUUCACAUUAUUGGGCCCAAGGACAAGCUCAAUGCUGGCCGAAACCUUGCAGAAGAGCUUAUGUCUCGGAAGCACAACCGAGCAGUGGAUAUGCACAAACACUUCCAAGAUGCGCCGCAGGGUCCCGAACGCCAUUCAAGGGCGCUUGCGCAAUAUCUGCAACAAAAGGCCAUCGAGAGGGAGUUUAUGAACUCCCACGGUGCAGAAAUUGUGUUCCCGCAGAGCUCGAGCGCCUCUCCCAGCUGGAGUGUUAUUAGCAACGAUCCACAGAAGGCACUCUCCGCCCGCAACGAGCUCUCCAAGAUUGCGCAGGCAUACCCCUCGGCGAGACUGCAACUCGUGGAGGUUGAUCCAUUUUUCCACCCCCAUCUUCAACAAAUGCACGCAUCUCGUUUGAAGAAUGACCUUGGUGUGCACAUGAUCGUUCCUCAGGAUGGUUCGGAGCCAGUCAUCCUUGUGUAUGAAGGCCCGGCCCAGAGUGAGCAAUCUUCCAUUCCGCGGACGAAGCCUACCAAGGCCGAGAUCGCGGAUUUCGAAAAGGCUCUUCAAGAGGCUCAGGCGCAAUUGUUGAGCAACAUCCCCCACCAAGGAAUCUCGGCGCAGGAUAUUCAUGUGCCUAAGAAAUUCCAGGAUAAGGUUCGGAGGUUUGUGAAUAACGAACCGAGACCGUCGCCUCCGGAAGGCUUCCCUGUGCAGGUUGAAUUUGGCGGCCCCAGCAGACAAAAGCAAGCCAAUGGUACCUCAAAGGGCUCGCCUUCCGAGACAGUCUACCUGAGAGGACCGAGCGAGGCGGACAUCGCUGAACUGCGCAAGAAGAUCGAGACCUUCUUGAAGGAGGCUGAGCAGGAUGAAAAGGAGCGCGGCUACACCACCACCCUGCCAUUCCCGGCCCAGUUCAACAAGAACUUGAUCGGAAAGCAGGGACAAAACAUCAAAGCGCUCCGUGAAAAGCAUGACGUUGAAAUUGAUACUCGAGAACCCGGUAAAAUCACGAUCCAAGGACCACAGAAAAAGGCCGAGGCAGCCAAGGCCGAAAUCCAAAAGCUUGCCAAGCAGUGGGAAGACGAGGUCAACUUUGCCAUCAAGAUCGACCCCAAGUAUCACGGUAUGUUGGUGGGACGAAAUGGAGAGAAUCUUCAAAAGAUUCAGAACAAGGUGGACAACGUGGUGCGCAUUGACUUCCCCAAGACGUCUCGAGUUAGUGAUGACGCUUCUGUGGGUGACAAUGCCAGCGAAGCUGGUGGUAACAAAGGUCAACCCCAUGAUGAAGUGCGGAUCCGAGGACCACGUGCAAAGGCUGAAAAAGUGCGCGAGGAGCUAUUGAGUCUGUACCAGUAUUUAGUUGACAACUCCCAUACGGCGACGGUGUCUGUUGCUCAGGGACAAAUCGCUUCCCUCAUUGGCAAACGCGGCCAGGAGAUGGAGAAGCUAAGAGCCGAGACUGGGGCUCAAAUCGACAUUCCGAAGCCCAAUGGGUCCGAUCGUGUCACCAUCCAAAUCAAGGGUACCAAGCAGCAGGUUGAAAAGGCGAAGCAGGAGUUGGAGAAGCGAUCCAAGGAGUUCGACGACAUUGUCACCCGGGAAAUCGAUGUCAACCGCAAACAUCACCGUGCUCUGAUUGGUCCUGGUGGUUCCAACAUCCAGAGUAUCGUGACCAAAGCCGGCGGCAAAGGCAACAGUGCAGAAUAUGUCCGCUUCCCUCGGCCCGGCGUGGAAUCAGACACUCUUACUGUCAAGGGCACUGCCGAUGUGGUAGACAAGAUUGUGGCAGCCAUCCAAAGCUUCGUGGACGAAAAGGAAAACGAAGUCACCGAGACAGUUGACGUCCCUCGCAACCAGCAUAGGCAGCUGGUUGGUCCUGGUGGCGCCAACCGAAAGAAGCUUGAAAAGGAGUUUGGUGUUGCGCUGAACAUACCGCGGCAAGAUAGUUCUGCCACUGGCGUCGAGAUCAAAGGACCGGCCGAAAAUGUCAAGAAGGCCAAGGAACACAUUCAGAAAAUCACCCAGCAGUCAGAAGGCCAGACAAUUAUGGUGCCGCGGCCUUUGCAUCACGUUGUUGGGAAGAACGGGGGCUUGUUCCGGGAACUGUCAUCACAAGGCAUUCGCGUCGACCAUAAGGGACACAAGCCGCCCUCGAAACCCAGAGACAGGGGUCACGGUUCUCGGCCACGUCCGUCCAAUGGGGACUUGCCUCUGAUCACUGAUCAGCCGGGCGAGGAGCCCUAUUCCUGGAAUAUUGUGUCCAACCAACAUGCACAGGAAGGCGAGUCGGGAGAGAUUCCAUGGGUAAUUGUGGCUGAUGAAGGUGUGCCCGAGGAGACGGUCGCGAAAGCCACACAGAAGAUCCUGUCAUUGAUUGAGAAGGCCAAGGAACCUCAAUACACAGGAUACCUGAUCUUGCCGGACUCCCGAGUGCACCGUCACAUCAUUGGCCCGGGUGGACGCACCAUCAACCACAUCCGCAAGGCUUCUGGUUGCGAUAUCCAGGUUCCGAACAAGAAGGCCAAUAAGGGAGACGACGGUGAUGCCAUUACUAUUGUUGGCUCGAAAGAGGGCGUGGAGGCAGCUCGUGACUUGAUACUUGAAGAAAUCAAGAAGGCUGAAGGCGGUUCAUGA